CUCGCCCACACGGGGGUUGAUUGCUUUGCAUAGUUUACGUCCCUAGAGCUGCAUCGGACGAAACUAGUUUGUUCGCGGUGUCAGGGUCCGGAGGGAUGAGAGUCCGCGGACUGGACGGGCGGCAGGACGCACGACUGCGUAAUGGUGACGCUGUCACGCCAAGGGAGAGAUGGCGAGGCUCAGUUUUGGGUUCCGGCGCCUCGUUUUCUUGGGGAGUCUCGAUCGAGUCGUUGGAUUGAGGGCUGACGUCGCGUCGUCUACUGGCGACGGCAUGUCCGUCGAGCUACUGCUUUCGGCUGAACGAACUCGUCGAGUGAAUGGGUGGACAGGAACAAGAUUUCGUGUUAGUCGACUUCAACGAAGCGUCGCCACGGCAACGAGGCCGACCCAAGUGUACGUCGCUACCAAGUCCGGUCGAUAGGAAGCACUCGAAACAACAGGAGGAAUCGACGUCGGUGAGGCUGUUUGCUGAGCGGAGGUCGGCGGUGGCACAGGUGAAUCGGACGGGCGUGGCGUGGCUGGGACCACUGUGCUGGCGGGUUGCGUCGUGGUUGGUCGUCGCGUCGUGGGAACCGAUGAUGAGCCGUCGCAUAGUUUUCCCCCUCCGUGCGUGCAACCUGUUUUGUCGUAAUUGUAGCAGGUUCCAAAGAGGCUGCAUCCAGUGCACACUCCACCCGCAUCGCACUUGUCACCGGUGGUGCACCGACACGGUAUGAGGAGGGAAGCUUUCGCACCAGGUCUCGCCACCUUGUUCAGCGGACUCUCGAGCUUCUUCAGUUCACACGUGCCACCUUGGUCUGGGAUCCACGUAAAGAAGUCGCACACCGCUUCAUGCCGACGGCAGUCGCCGCAACAUUCGUCAGCAUGUUCCCUCGACGUGAGGACAACCUGCGAUGGAAUCGACACAUAGUCGACAUCGUCCUCUAUGGGUUGGCACGAGAACGUCGUGAUAUUUGUUGCAGCACUGCCGAACGGGGCGGCAACGAUGAGAAGCAACAGGACGGACGCGCGGUUGCGCA